UACCUGUCAAUUAAAAAACAAUUCUAAAUUUUUUUUACUAAAAAUUCUCAGAUAUUUUAAAACCGCGCUUUUUAUUCUCGGCAAACUUCACGUUUACUUUCAAUGAUCGAUAACAACUAACAUAAAAGUGUCAGAUAUAAAUACCAGAGUACAAAAAUAAACCAUCUGUAAUUAUUUACAUUUUAAAAUGUAUUCAUUUAAGCCAUACGUGUUCAAGGAAUGUGAAACCCAAUCAAGUGAAAUAAAACCGAGCCCCAGGACCUUCCCUACAAUAUUCUGCAAUGAAAAGUAUCUGUACUCAUUCAGUGGCUACAAGUACAUGUUGAAUAUCCACACUGCGACAGAUUUUGACGACGCGAGAAUAAUAAAAGAGAUUUGGAAGUAUAAUUUAGCCACUGGCGUCUGGACGUGCUUGCCAGAGCAGCGAUUUUUCCCGACCAACAAUGAAAUUAUCCUGGGCAUGACUUUCAAGUCUGAAAAGUUGAUCGUAGUCACUUGGAACAAGUGUCAGUCAAAAGGUUACCUCUACACACAUUACUUGAAAAACGAAAAUGAAGUUGAAAAAAUGACAACCAAGGGUCCAUUGCCCAAACGAUUCUUUUCCCACAAUUUUAUAAGCCACGGGUCGUAUUUAUACACUAUAGGAAAUGACCGUGGCCUUGGAGUUUUUAGAAUAGAUCCAGAGACUGGAAUCUGGGAGAAAAUGUCUCCUGACAAUGGUGAUGACUUCCCAGGAGAUUACGCUGAUAUUGAACUAGCGUUUGAUGGAAGAAAAAUUUAUGUGAUAUUUGUAAAACUUCGAGGAGAAAGAGUUCGUGAACUCAAGACAUUACAAGCUUACGACAUUGAGCAGAACCGCUGGCAUAUUUUAGAAACUACUGGAGACCCAGAGAAUGAUAAACCUUAUCCAGAUCUCAGGAUUAAUUUCGGAAUUGAUCACGUAGUAGAUCCUGAAACCAGGGAAAUUAGUAUUGUGAUCUCUGGAGGAACAAUGGAUCGAAAAAUUUACAGUGAUGUUUGGCAGCUCAGGCUGUCUACGCUGCGAUGGACCUGCUUAAAUAAACUUGGAUCUAUUUUGCCUUUAGCUAUUUGUGAGCAUGAUGCGACUACUUCCCGAGAUGGCAAGAUGUAUGUCUUCGGUGGACGGAUUAAAAGGACAAAUAAUAGAUUGACUGAAGUGAAUUCUCUUUACUCAGCUUGGCUACGGAUACCGAAACUAGCAGACAUUUGCUGGGAAGCAGUUAAUUAUUAUUACAAAGAUUUGAAUUCUAAAACAGAUGAAGAACUGUUUGAACUUGGACUACCGAUUAAAUUUGUGAGGUCUAGAUGCCAGUGAAUUUUAUUUUUUAUUUAUGGAAAAAAUUAUAGAUAUUUUUUGAUCAAAUUAUUUAUUUAGUUUUUUAUUUUAUAUACUAUUGUAGUGAAAUUGUUGCCGCACAAAGUACUAAAUCUUUAUAAAUAUAUUUAUUUUUAUAAAUUUUUUC